UUUAAUUUCAGGGUUCACCUCCAUGUCCAACGACGAUCUCCUUGAGAAUAUUCUUCAAGAAACACCUACAGAACUUGACCAGCAAAAACAAGAAGAAAAAUGUUUUGAAAAAGACAGAGAAAAAAAGGAUGACGAUGAAGAAGAAACUGCGGCACUUAGAAAAGAUGAUGGUGAUGAAAACAACGACGAAAAAGACAAUGAAGAGGCAGCAUCAAGGAAAGACGAUGAUGAUGAUGAAAACAACGACAACGAUGACAAAGACUAUGAAGUGGCGACAUCUAGGAAAGAUGAUGAAGAGAAAGAAGUAGAAGAGUGUAAAACGCCAACUUCAAGUGAUCAUAAGAUAUCAAUGAUCUCAAGUUGCCCACCAACACCUAGGAAGAAAGCGAUGAUGAGCUUAAACUACCGGAAGAGAAAAUUAACAGAGUUGUUCUUCUUUGAAACUACGAGGAGUGAAGAGAGGUCAUAUCAAAAGUUGUUGUUGACCAGGGGAUAUGGGCCUCAGAAGGAUUCAAUCAUGAGAGUUCUUCUGGAGGCUUCGGUCAAUGGAAGAGUGGAAUUAGAGAUAUGA